ACAGUUGCAACAAUAGACUUACACUGUUCGUCGACGUAUUCGGAUUGGUCAUAACAUAUUUUCAUUGUUAAGAAAAGCACGUUUGGAACACUAAUAAUUUGAGACUUGUCUUUCAACUCAUAUUUUCAUAGAAUAAAAUUCAUUCGUCUCGCUAUUUGUACAGUUGUUUUAAGCAUACAAGUCAUAUUUAAAUGAAUAUUAAUUGCACAUGUUUUCAGUGUUCUUCCAACUGUUGGUGUAACGAAAUUAUAUCGGUCUAAGAUAAUGGCAUUCACGAUAAUAUUAAUUACGACUUUUAUAGCUGCUUCAACUAACGCUGGUUUUGUAUGGCAGAAUGAUGACAAUUUUCCGGGAAAACCCAAUAUGAAGUUCUUUAACAAUAAUUUUCCGAAAUUUCCAACAUUUCCAACAUUUCCCACCUUCACUUUCCCUACCUUCCCGACAAUUCCCCCAAUUGUUGUACUAACUCCCGAAGACAUUGCUAAGAACAAGGGGCCCAAUUACAAUGGGGUAUCAGUUAGCUCGUUCAUCUCCACUUCCCUGGAUAAAGAUGGAAAAGUGAUCCGCAAUAAUGAUGCAACCAUAAUAACCAAUGAAGGUGGAGUGGUUAAAAAAUAUUCAUUUGGAGACAAUCCUUCAAAGCAACCACAAACAUUAAUUUCAAAGGAACCAAUAUGGCAACCUAUUAUACCGAUUUUACCACUAGACCCUGAAGUUUUAAAGGUCUACAAACCAGAAAAGAACGAACACUUCAUCGGAACAUCAUCCGUUACGUACUCCCAGGUCAAAAACGUCAACGGUGUUAAAACUAACGCUGGAGGUUCUACAAUAAUAACAAAUUUGAACGGCAAUGUUGCAGAGAACAUUGCAGCGUUUAGCGAUAAUGAAGUGUAAAGAUUAGCAAAUAUAAUAUUAUAUAAAAUUCAUUUUAGUAAAUAAAAACAUGAGGCACUUAAAUAUAGAUGACAAAAAGGGCUUAAUCUUUUAAUUCAAUUAUUUUAUGUUAAAUUAAUACUGCAAUUAUAUUUUUAAAUAUAAUUAAGUUUAAUGCAAGUAUCCCAUUAUGAUUUUUUAUGUUAUUUCUUUAUUCUUUUAUAUCUUUAAUAAAAUAAAUGUGUUCCUAAAAUUUA